GGGGGAAGGAGACCCGCUGUGCCAUGGCCUCCUCCAAACCCCUGGCCCGCUUCUGGGAGUGGGGCAGGAAUAUCGUGUGCGUGGGACGCAACUACGCGGAGCACGCCCAGGAGCUGGGGAACGCGCCGCCGCGGGAGCCCCUCUUCUUCCUCAAGCCCUCCUCGGCCUACGUGCGCGAAGGGUCGCCCAUCCUCCGGCCCUACUACUGCAACAACCUGCACCACGAAGUGGAGCUGGGGGUGGUCAUCGGGCAGCGGGCCCAGGCCGUGUCCCAGGCCGCCGCCAUGGAGCACGUGGCGGGCUACGCCCUGUGCUUGGACAUGACGGCCAGGGACACCCAGGAGGAGUGCAAGAAGAAGGGUCUGCCCUGGACCUUGGCCAAGGGCUUCCGUUCGUCGUGCCCCGUCAGUGACUUUGUCCCCAAGGAGAAGAUCCCAGACCCUCACAACCUGAAAAUCUGGCUGAAGGUGAACGGAAAGCUGAGGCAGGAGGGGGAGACCUCCUCGAUGAUCUUCUCCAUCCCUUACCUGAUCAGCUACAUCAGCGAAAUACUCACCCUGGAAGAAGGGGACUUGAUUCUGACGGGGUCUCCCAAAGGAGUGGGGUCUGUGCAGGCCAACGACGAGAUAGAGGCUGGGAUAAGCGACAUCCUCUCCAUGCGGUUUAAGGUGGCACAGCAAACGCGUGGAUCCUGA